CCCGCGAGGGUCGGCGGCUCUUGCGCAGCUGCGGCGGAGGAGCCAAUCAGCGGGUGCAUCCCGUCCUCGCGCGACGGUACAGUCGUGCCGUCGUGACGUCGGCGGUUGCCAUGGAGCGCCCCGCUCCGUAGGGCCGCACGCCGGCGCCAGGGGGGCCGCGGGGUCGCGUCGCGGAUUUGAGGUCCAGUCGGCUGCCGCCAUGAGCGGCCGGAGUAAGGGGAGAAGGUCCUCCCGCGCCAAAGGCCGUGGCAAGAGCCGCGCCAAAGGCCGAGUCCGCGCCGCGCCUGACGACGCCCCACGCGACCCGGACCCUCCACAGUGCCAGAGGCUCGGGGAGGAGACCAAGGCGGCACAGGUGCAGGCUGGCGCGGUUUGGGGUGGCCCGGAAGGCGCUGUGCCGGCGCCGCCCCGCCGGCCCGGGGAAGAGGCUGCCUGCCGACUGCCCCUAGACUGUGGCCUCGCGCUCCGGGCCCGGGCGGCGGGGACUCGCGGGCAGGCGGUGACCAGGCCCUGCCCGGUUAAGGCCACAUCCCUCCCGGAGCGCCUGGUGACCGACACCGUCUUUGUGGGAACCGUGGGCGCCGUCGCGAGGCCGAGAAACGGGCCCCGCGUCGGAAGCCGGCGCGGCCCCGCCGCAAAGAAGGCCCCAGAUACCUGUAGUGCGGUGGGCAGGGGGUCUGCGGCCUCGGCCGGUGGGAAGCCAAAGAAAGGGGCCGCGGCGGAGGCCGCCUCCGUCCCCGUGGGCGAGGAGAAGGUGGAGAACGCGGGGUCAGGGCCCCCGGCCACAGAGGGCAGCAUGGAUACGCUGGAGAACGUCCAGCUGAAGCUGGAGACCAUGAACGCCCAGGCGGACCGGGCCUACCUGCGGCUCUCCCGCAAGUUUGGGCAGUUGCGGCUGCACCACCUAGAGCGCAGGAACCUCCUUAUCCAGAAUAUUCCAGGCUUCUGGGGGCAGGCCUUUCAGAACCACCCCCAGCUCUCGUCCUUCCUGAACAACCAGGAUAAAGAGGUCCUCAGCUUCCUGAAUAGCUUGGAGGUGGAAGAGCUUGGCCUGGCGAGACUGGGCUACAAAAUCAAGUUCUACUUCGGGCGCAACCCCUAUUUCCAAAACAAGGUGCUCAUCAAGGAAUACGGGUGCGGCCCUUCGGGUCAGGUGGUGUCUCGUUCCACUCCAAUCCAGUGGCUCCCCGGGCACGACCUCCAGACCCUUAGCCAGGGGAACCCCGACAACGGCCGGAGCUUCUUUGGGUGGUUUUCAAACCACAGCUCCAUCGAGUCUGACAAGAUUGUGGAGAUAAUCAACGAGGAGUUGUGGCCCAAUCCCUUACAAUACUACCUGAUGAGCGAAGGGGCCCGUGCAGAGAAAGGAAAGGAGGGCAGGCCGGGUCCUGCGAGGCCGCCAGGGGAGACCCCAGAACCUGGGGUAAACAAGUCCAACUGAUCCUGCUCAAGUCUGCGUCCUACCUCCUGCUGGCCCUGUGCCCGGCUGGCCUUGGGUGUUUGGCUGUCUGCCUUCUCUUCGUGUUGGCCUCUGCACACUAUUGCUGUUGGACUUCGGUUACAAGAAUAUGGCGUUUAUGAUCAUGUUCUUUUUGCCUCCCCGUGACGUUCUUGCUUUCUCUUUACAUUAGUGUCAUAUGUUAUAUGAUCUCGCCCCUCCUGUUUAUAUGUUAAACUCACUUGAUUCCUGUGUGCUGCCUCCCUCUACAUUGCUUGGACCUUGUUCUUGGCUCUGGUGUUGCCCACAUGGACACUCAUGAGUCAGUCAGCAGGAAGACCAGCGCAUCCUCAAGUUCUACUACUUCAGGGCUGGUGACUUGCUGGGCUUGGAGUUCAUGCCAGCCAUGCAUGCCAUCUGUGGCAAGCUUUUCGGUGGCCACUGCAGAAUGAAGCUAGUGCAUGUGGCAUUGGCCAUCAGCCAAAACUGAUCGUCUCUUGGCUCUGGGGUCACCAGCCAAGGUGCCACCUGCAGGAUCUCUGACUUUGGCCAGGGACCCAUGCUGCCCUCCUAGACACAGGGUGAGGUUCAGGAUGAGAAGCAGUUUGCUAUGGGUUCUGUACUGUUCUGCAUCUCUUCCUGCCUCUGGGCCUUUUCCUGGUAAACCUUUGUCAAGGUCUGCACCAUACCUCAUCACUGUCAGGCCAUUGGAUUUUGUCUAGGUUGCCAGUUGGCCCCAAUUGGCUUCCUGGGCAACAAGGACCUCGAGAACUACCUGUGGACACAGGCCCUCUGCUGGUGCAUGAGACACACACCUACCCUCUCCAGCCUUCCAGGAACUCUGCUGGCUGCUGGACUGAUGGGCAGGCUGGUACGUGUGGACAUGUGCUCACUGCUGUCAAGCUGUGGCUCCAGGUGUGGCCUUGGUUUUGUGGAAGAUUAUGUGCUACUUAUUUUGUCUCUGAGUAAAUCUUAUCAUUUUCCCCAUUUUUUGCCCAAUGGGAAAAUAGAGCUGUACAGGUCGGCUUUUUUUUUUUUUUUUUUUAAGCUUUUUCCUCUUUAUUAUGGACAUUUUCAGACAUGCACAGAAGUGGAAAGACCCCGUGUGCCGUCACCUAGCUACAUCAUUUAUCAGUUACGGUCAACCCAGUUUCAUCUGCGUCUCCAUCUCCCCGCCUGUAUUGUUUAUCGAAAGUCCAAGACACUGUGCCAAUUCAACUGGGACCACUUUGGGAGACUGAGACACUGCUGGUGGUGAUUGUGGUGAGGUGCACUCUCACUACCACAUCAGAUCUGCUUUUUGCUUUUCCUGUUAACUAAUGACAUUCCAGAGAUGGGCCUUAGAAAUGAAAGUGUUCAGAGUUGACAAGAAGUCUCAAAAAGUGAUGAAGCUGCCUUUUCCCUGUGUCCACAAGAGGAAAGAGAGACUGUUCUGUUGUAAACUCUUUCAAAGACUUAUCUACCAGUCUUUGAUAAGGUGCUUACUUGAGACCUUUCACCAGAAUAACAGUCUUUUUUUUCCCCUAUAAGAUGGAGACUUUGUGUGACUAUUACAAUUAUCAGCGUGUCCUGGUCUCAUGAUAUAACUCUGAACUUGAAAGUAAAGUAUAAUUUGGAAAUUGUUCCUGUGUUCUGUGAAAAUAACCUCCCCAAAGUAAUCAGUAACCAGUUGUCUUACUUGGUAAUUUGGCACUCUGGUAAUGAUGCGAUUAUUUCUCUGUUCUGAAACAGUAUAAAUAGUUGUAAGCUUGCAUGUGUGAUGGAAACAAUAAAAGCUUGUAUCUCUA